ACUGAGGGCUUGUUGACGUCAGCAAACUUAUCCAGCAGCUGUAGAGGCGAGCUGAGGAGGAGGAGGAGAGGAGGGAAUGAGCCUGCUGGAUGUGGAGCUCGGACUGCGCUGCGCUGAGGAUCGUGGCUUUCUUUUCUUCGGGACUGUUAGGACUACUUUGUUGUUCCAGCGUGGAAUAUUGGCAGAUACUCAGGAGGGACCACAGAGACUCACAUUUUCCACUAUGAACCGCGCCUUCAACAGGAAAAAAGAUAAAUCAUGGAUGCACACCCCAGAAGCUUUGGCCAAGCAUUACAUAGCCUACAAUGCCAAGUUUCUUGGAAACACAGAGGUUGAAGCCCCAAAAGGCACAGAAGUUGUAAAGGAUGCAGUCAGAAAGCUCAAGUUUCAGAGGCAUAUCAAAAAGUCAGAGGGACAGAAGAUCCCCAAAGUGGAACUUCAGAUCUCCAUUUAUGGCGUGAAGAUACUAGAUCCCAAGACAAAAGAUGUGCAGCAUAACUGUCAGUUGCACAGAAUAUCCUUCUGCGCAGAUGACAAAACCGAUAAAAGGAUAUUUACUUUCAUCUGCAAAGACUCGGAGUCCAACAAACACCUGUGCUACGUGUUUGACAGUGAAAAAUGUGCAGAGGAGAUAACUUUAACUAUCGGCCAAGCCUUUGACUUGGCCUACAAGAAGUUCCUGGAGUCUGGAGGCAAAGACGUGGAAACCAGGAAACAGAUCGGAAGCCUGCAGAAACGAAUUCAAGAACUGGAAACAGAAAACUCUGAGCUAAAGAAACAACUCCAAGAGCUUGAAGAACAGCUGAUGAUAGCACACGUACCUCCACCGCUGCACAUAAACGCAGCUAAUGAAGCGUACAUGCUGCAGAGGCCGUCUUCUCUCUUCUGGUGUCACAGCAUCAAGUCGCUCUCCUGUCUGGAAAUCUCUUCUGUCACUCUCACUCCUAUGAGCUCACCGGAGUCCAACUUGUCCACUGGGCUACUAACUCCUCCGCCUGCCAAACCCGCUCUCCUUCCUCCUAAACCCACCGAGGGCUGCAGCAUCCCGCGGCCUCGCGCGGGGAGUAUCUCAAUGAAGCCGCAGUCGACAGACAUUUUUGAUAUGGUUCCCUUCUCCCCUGUGACACCCCUGGUGCCCACACAGGCCAGCAAUGGCUGCCCACCGCCUCCACCGACUACACUGCCACCAGAUAUGAGUAAAGACUUGUUUGGUGCAGAACCAUUUGAUCCGUUUACCUGCGGGGCGGCCGACUUCCCCCCAGAUAUCCAGUCAAAGCUGGACGAGAUGCAGCGGCAGAGAUGGAGGGGUUCAAAAUGGGACUAACCUUAGAGGGCACCGUCUUCUCUCUGGACCCGCUAGACAGCCGCUGCUGAUGCUGAGAAGAUUAACCCUUCGAGGUGCACUUUUAACCCGUUUGUAUGAAGAAGAAGUGCCAAAAUCCACUCCACGGUUGAGUCAAGAUGUCACACUUUUCAUCUUGAGGUUUAUAUGCAUUUGCAUUUAGAUUGGUUUUCGAUAUUUCAAGGUAAACUCAGAUCCAUUAUAGAAAAGAACUAUUUUUGUAAUAAAAAUGAAAAAGAUGUGUAUGGAGGAGUUAGUUUUGAGUACUUUUGCUUGCACGGGCGGUGAGAGAUGUAAAUAGUCGAAUUUGUUCAAUGGUACACUCUGUGGCAGAAUUUUCAUAUGUGUAUGUGUGUGUGUAUGCGCCGUUUGAAUUCUGUAUUGUCGACACAUUCCUGUUUGUAUGCCAAACACAAGCUGGCAGGAAAAAUAAAUGGAAUCUAUAUUGUGACAAAACCUUUGAGCUUUUAACAUAUUUUACUCCACAUUAAUUCAGACAUUAU